AUGCCUCCUUUGUGGUACCACACUCUGCUUGUCUAUGAUGUGGACGGUGGACGGGACCUUGACAUUUUUGAUAUCAAUGAAGAGGCAGGGUUGAACCUUGCAGAAGGGGACAUGGUUCUUGAUGAGAAGCAACCCCGAAAUUCUAUAAUAGGGGAAGAGUACAGGUGGCCAAAGACAAUCCCAUACUACAUGCAAGAUGACUUGGAGAUCAAUGCAAAAGGUGUGAUUCUCAAGGCCUUUGAGCAGUACCGGCUCAAGACCUGCAUCGACUUUAAGCCAUGGAGCGGAGAAGCAAACUACAUUUCUGUCUUUAAAGGGGAUGGCUGUUUCUCCUCUGUUGGCAACCGGCAUGUUGGGAAGCAGAGACUGUCUAUAGGAACAAACUGUGAUCACAUUGCCACCAUUGAACAUGAGUUCCUUCAUGCGUUGGGUUUCUGGCACGAGCAGUCCAGGGCAGACCGUGAUGAUUAUGUCGAAAUCAUGUGGGACCGCAUUACAGAGGGUAAAGGACACAAUUUUAACACCUAUGAUGACACCACCUCCAGCUCUUUGGGCGUCCCCUACGACUACAGCUCCAUGAUGCACUACAGUAAAACUGCUUUUCAGAACGGCACGGAGCCCACCAUUGUCACCAAGAUCCCUGCUUUCAGUGACAUCAUUGGCCAGCGUAUGGAGUUCAGCGACAGUGACCUGCUCAAGCUGAACCGCCUCUAUAACUGCACUCAAGGUUCCACCUUUCUGGACUCGUGCGACUUUGAACGUGAAAACAUCUGUGGUAUGAUACAGGGACAAGGGGAUCAGGCAGAUUGGGACAGGGUUACAACAGCUACUGGAGGGCCUGACACUGAUUACUCCAACUUGGGCAAAUGCACUGGCUCUGGGUAUUUUAUGCACUUCAGCACCGGCAGAGCCAAUACUGGGGACAAAGCUCUGCUGGAAAGUAGAUUGCUUUACCCCAAAAGAGGCUACCAAUGUCUGCAGUUCUUCUAUUACAACAGUGCUGGGCCCAGUGACACACUGAAGGUCUAUGUCAGAGAGUAUGACAAAGCUAACCCCAAUGGAAGUCUGCGCCUUAUAAAGACCAUAGAAGGGUCCCCUCAGGAGCUUUGGCAACUGCACCACGUCAGUCUAGAUGCUAAAAUGAAAUUCCGCGUAGUCUUUGAAGGGACCAAAGUGGAAGCUGGGCCCCCAUCAGGUGGACAGUCUUUGGAUGACAUCAACGUUUCAGAGACCACCUGCCCAGAGUUUAUUUGGAGAGUUAAAAACUUCAGUCAUGUUAUGGAAAACACCCCAAUAAACACACCUAUAUUUAGCCCCCUACUCACCUCUAAAGAGGGUUAUACCUUCCAAAUGAUGCUUUACCCCAGCGGUAGAGAGGGCUACCAGGGGCAGUUGUCAGCCUAUGCUCAUCUGGUGGCCCGUGAAGGGGACACAGAACAGAUAUGGCCAUGUCCUUGGAAACAGAUAACCAUGAUGCUAAUGGACCAGCACCCAAACAUUCAAAAGCGCAUGUCCAACCAGCGCAGCAUCACCACUGACCCCAACAUGAAGGUAGCAGGCUCUGAUGAAUUUUUCUGGGAUGAUCCUCGUAAGGUCGGCGUUGAGGUCACAGAUACAGACGGAUCAAAGUAUUUCCGAGGGCUAGGCUCAGGAACUGCAGUGUAUCUCACCCACCUCAGAGCUAAAAGCAGAGAUUUUAUAAAGGGAGGAGAUGCCAUCUUCCUCCUCACCAUGGAGGAUGUGUCCCAUUUAACUGUGAGCCAGCCCCUGCCUCCUACAACUUCACAGCCUGUCACCAUCACACCUUCUGAAGUUUGCUACAAUGUGCAAUGCCAGAAUGGCGGUGUCUGUGUCGUGGAUGAAGGCAAACCUGCUUGCAGGUGUGACGUGGGUGACAACUGGUGGUACUACGGGGACAGAUGUCAGCACAGAGGGUCCAACAGUGACAAAACCACCCUUGCACUUGCCUCUUCUCUAUCUGUACUGGGAGUAAUGUUGGUAGUUACAGUAGUCAGUGUCAUCUGCGUGAAGAAAAAGUAUAAAAAACGCAUGAAUAAUAAUAAUAAUGCCGUCAUCCUGAACUCACAUGCUAGUUAG